AUGCUCAAAAACUCAAGGACUUCAUUGACGCCUUCCGGACUACCGCUAUGCGUUUUCUGUGCAGUACGAAAUUCCUCAGCCCAUAACCAACGGUUGCUAUUCCGACAACUUCACACCACCGGCCCGAGAUUGGAAGGAGAACAAGCUGGAUCCACUGGAGAACGUUAUAAAGGAUAUGCAGGAUUUACGAAAAAACUUCCGACGGCUAUAAGGGAGAACAAAUGGGAUCCAGCUAAUUCGGUUACAUCGGGGAGUUCUGGGAUAGACAAAGCAAUCCUCUCAUCGUUUGCGCCCCGGAAUAGCGGUAGUAGUUGGCCCAGGAAUGAAGGCGCUCCCGCACCUCCCAGAAUCAACCGCGUUAGUAUUGCUGGACAGGAGGGGCGUAGGGAUGCUGGAUCCAAUAGGUGGUCAACUGAGGGAUAUGGACGAGGAGGGGUGGCGCAAAACCAGGAAGGAGGUAGCAUAGUUCGGGGUGGCUACCAAGGUUUUAAUCGACAAGCACGCCCUCCAAUGCCAGGGAGGACUACUCCUUCUCAACAAGAUGGAUACGCUCCAAGAGAGGGCUACAGUCGGGGCGGGUACAAUCAAGGAGAUGGAUAUAAUCCGAGGGGUACAUCUAUUGCGAGAGGAUAUGCCCCGAGAGAAUAUACAUCAAAAGAUAGAUACGCACAAAGAGAUCUAUUUGCCUCGGGAGGUGGAUAUGCCCCAAGGGAUGGGUAUAAUCCGGGAACUCCAUCAUUCAGCGAGACCUAUGUUCCAAAGGAACAAACAUGGAAGGCUGGCGAUAGAGAUGAAUCAGGAGCCAAAAAAUCGGAGUCCCUCGCUCAAGAAGAAACCAUCACUCGACCUUUAGAAGCUACUCUCAAUGAUUAUCAGAAACGGCGAGCGGGGAGAUCUCGAGAUAAGUCGCAAAACAGGCUUCUUUACGACGAUUUUGAAUCUGCAAUAUUAGAGGAAGGAGAGGUACUAUCGCGUAAAGACAAGAAGGCCACUAAGAAGGCCAAGAAACGAGAGAAAAAGGAAUAUGCUCCAAAGAUGAUACCCCUGUAUCUCCCGGAAUAUAUCAGUAUACCAAAUCUAGCAAAAGCGUUGAAGGUCAGGCUGGAAGAUUUCACACAACAGAUGGAGCAGAUGGGCUUCACUGAAGUGAGCCAUGAUCACAUUUUGAACGCGGAAACAGCGGGUCUUAUUGCUCAGGAGUUUAAUUAUGAGCCGAUCAUUGAUAAUAGCAAAGAGCGUGACUUACUUCCACGCCCCCCGCCAGAAGACCGUUCCAUACUCCCACAACGUCCCCCGGUCGUCACUAUAAUGGGUCAUGUCGACCACGGCAAAACAUCACUCUUGGACUGGCUCCGAAAAGCAUCUGUUGCUGCUACUGAGCACGGAGGCAUCACGCAACACAUUGGUGCAUUCUCAGUGAAUAUGUCUACUGGGGAAAACAUCACUUUCCUUGAUACUCCCGGCCAUGCAGCUUUUUUGACUAUGCGAGAGCGGGGAGCAAAUGUUACUGAUAUUGUCAUUCUCGUAGUUGCUGCUGAUGACUCUGUGAUGCCACAGACGAUAGAGGCGAUCAAACAUGCGAGGGCUGCAAACGUUCCCAUAAUUGUAGCGGCAAAUAAAAUUGACAAGGAGGACGCGAAUGUCGAAAAGGUAAAACAGGAUCUUGCUAGAUACGGUGUUGAUGUGGAAGACUAUGGUGGCGAUACACAGGUCGUAUGUGUAUCUGCGAAGACUGGGCAGGGCAUGGACGAUUUAGCGGAGGCGGCAGUUACCCUUAGCGAAGUUCUGGAUAUGCGGGCAGAGGUGGAUGGCCCUUGCGAAGGUUGGGUUCUUGAAGCUGGUACUCAGCGAGGCGGGCAUAUUGCAACUGUAUUGGUCCGGAGAGGAACCCUUCGAUUAGGCGAUUGUAUUGUCGCGGGCACUACUUGGGCCAAGGUCCGUCAACUUAUCAACGAACGUGGCGUCGAAGUAGAAUUCGCUACACCUGGAACCCCUAUACAAGUUUUAGGUUGGAAAGAUCAGCCUGAGGCAGGAAAGCUCGCAAUACAGGCUGAUAGCGAAGCAAAGGCCAAAGAUGUGAUCGAAUUUCGUAUUGAAAGGGCUGAACGGCUUCGCCAAGCGGCUGAUAUGGAAGCAAUCAAUGAAAAAAGGCGUUUGCACAGAGAGAUGGAAGAGACGGAAGCUACGAUUAGAGAGGAAGCUAUUGAGAAAAAAGAGGACCCUGAUGCCGCAGUGCUUGCGUGGGAGAAGACUUCCAAGAAAGAGGUUGCCGCUCAGUCAAAAUGCCAAGAGGUUGGGUUUGUCGUCAAGGGUGAUGUUGGUGGAUCGGUUGAGGCAGUAGUUGCUUCAGUUGAAGAACUUGGGAAUGAUGAAGUCAGGGCGAAGGUCUUCCGAAGCAACUUUGGAAAUGUGAGCGAGUUUGAUGUUGACUAUGCAGCAGCUAUCGAUGGAUACGUUCUUUGCUUCAACCUCACGCCUGAUCCCGAGAUUAUCGUUUACGCACGUAACAAAGGUGUGACGAUACUCGUACAUAAUGUCAUUUACCAUCUUAUUGAAGAUGCCAAACGGGUACUCUCGGAUCGCCUAUCACCAACAGUAAUUACCAAGAUUACUGGAGAGGCGGAUAUCGGAGUAGUGUUUAGUAUUAACAUUAAAGCGAAGGUAUACAAACCUGUUGCGGGUUGUAAGGUAAAAACAGGCGUAGUCACGAAGAACAGCAAGGUUAGAGUUCUCAGGGAUGGGGAGACUAUUUUCGAGGGGAUGUUGGAAAGUUUAAAAAAUGUCAAGAAAGAUGUGACAGAGAUGAGGAAGGGAACGGAAUGCGGGAUUGGGUUCGAAGGUUGGGGUGAAUUUCAAGUGGGCGAUGUGGUACAAUGCUACGAGGAAACCUUCGAGCCGAGGAGCUUGUAA